GCUGCGGGCCGGGAGCGGGUGGCUGUCGCUGGCUGUCUAGGCUCUCUCCUGACCCUGCGGCGCCUGAGGCCUUCGGAGCCCGCGUCUUAGCUCGGCCACUAGGAAGUGAGGUCUCAUCUGGGCCGAAGGCCCCUCCGGGCCCCAGUGCCAGGGCCGACGAUCAGGUGAAAAAUUAUAUCAUUUCAAGAGUUGGAGCUGAAUCUAACAUUCAGUAAUGGCAACAGGUGACUUAAAAAGAAGCUUACGGAACCUAGAACAAGUGCUUCGCUUGCUGAACUAUCCUGAGGAGGUGGACUGCGCAGGUUUGGUAAAGGGAGACACAGCAGCAUCGUUGCCGAUCAUCAGUUACUCUUUUACGUCAUAUUCACCUUAUGUGACAGAACUUAUAAUGGAAUCCAAUAUAGAACUCAUAGCAAAGAAUGACUUGCGCUUUAUAGAUGCUGUCUAUAAGCUACUUCGUGAUCAGUUUAAUUAUAAGCCAAUUUUAACAAAAAAGCAAUUUAUCCAAUGUGGGUUUGCUGAAUGGAAAAUCCAAAUUGUUUGUGACAUUUUGAAUUGUGUGAUAAGGAAGCACAAAGAAUUGAGUGGUCUUGAUAAGACUUUGUCACAGCAAAGAAAGAAAAGCAGUUCUAGUAAAUCAGAACCUUUGAAUAAUGAGAAAAUACCUGCAGAAGCUAUUGGUGUUAACAUCACUGGCAGAUUUCUGACUUCGGGAAAGAAGAAAGCAGUGGUGAUCCGUCACUUGUAUAAUGAAGACAGUGUGAACAGGCCUGAAGACAUAGGGAUAAGCACAGUAACAGGUGUGAAUGAAGCAGUGGCUGUGUCUGACUUAAAGCCUGCUGAAAUAAGGAUACCUGAAGUAAAGGGCCCUGAAAUCAAAGCUGAGCAGCAAGAAAUAAAAGUUAGUCCUGAGAUUAUUAUACUACAGACUAUGCUCGCUGAAUGCCAAGAAAAACUUAAAAAACUGACGUGGAUAGAGAAAAGGUUAGAAUACCUGGAAGAAAACAUGAAAGGGAAAGUAAUGGUGAAUGAGAAGACCUGGACUCAUCUUCUGAGUCGGAUCACUCUUCUUGAAACAGAAAUGCUGUUGUCUAAAAAGACUGAUGGAUGUAUAGAGUUUAAUGAAAUGAGUGAAGACUGCACUUCUUGUAGUGACAUGGAUCUUCUGAAUCCUGAUAGAAAUAUCAAAGGAGAGAGACCAGUGAGUAUUCCUCUGUCCUCUGGUUACAGUUCAGUAUCAACAGAUUCCACUCCCAGAGCCUCGACCAUUCAUUACUGUUUGAACGAGAUUUCUCAGGAAACAACAAUCCAGAAAAUGGAAAGGAUGAAAAAAAUGUUUGAAGAAACUGCAGAAUUACUGAAAUGCCCAAAUCAUUAAUUGUAGAAUUUUCCACAUGAACUUCUCUAGGACUUUGGCUAUUGUAUGUGUUGUAUAUGUUAAGAAUUCUUAAUACAAUUUUAAUAAA